AUGUGGGAUUUCUCGGUGGUCGACAAUGGAAUCAUCUCAGAGGAGAGAUGGCAUCUUCUGGGAGCCGAUGACAAUUUGGAGUGGAUCGUGCUGUUCUAUGUGGGUGUCGCACGCAGAGCUGGCCUUUCGUAUCGAGGAUGCUUGGUGCUGACUCCCGAGGGUGAGAUGCCCGGCCCGGAGCAUGCCCAGGCCAUCGAAGCAGCCAUAGCUCGUGCGGAAAUGAAGCCCUGGGAGCUGGAAGCCACGAGCAAUCCACCGGUCGACCCGGAAAAUCCUCCGCCCCUGAUCGCACCGAAGACGCAGAAGGAGUGGUUCUCUGCUGCUUGCGACUCCGCAUUCUCUCUGUGA